GCGGCGGGGAGCGCAGCGGGGCGGGCCCAGCGCGGCGGGUUCGAAUCCCGGCGCCGCCGCCCCCGCCAUGAACUUCUCGGAGCUGUUCGAGCUCUCGGGGCUCCUGGGCCGCUUCUCCCCCGACGGGAAGUGCCUGGCCUUGUGUGUCCAGCACAGCUUGGUGGUCCGGGAUGUGAGUUCCCUCCAGGUCCGCCAGCUCUACACCUGCCUGGAUAAGAUCCAGUACAUCGAGUGGUCAUCGGACUCCCUGUUCAUCCUGUGUGCCAUGUACAAGCGAGGGAUUGUCCAGGUCUGGUCCCUGGAGCAGCCGGACUGGCACUGUAAGAUCGACGAGGGCUCGGCGGGAUUGGUGGCUUCCUGCUGGAGUCCGGACGGGCGUCACAUCCUCAACACCACCGAGUUCCAUUGCUCCCUGUCUCUCUGCCAGCUGCGGAUAACGGUGUGGUCCUUGUGCACCAAGUCUGUGUCCUACAUCAAGUACCCCAAAGCCUGUCAGCAGGGGGUGGUUUUCACCAAGGACGGGCGUUACAUGGCCGUGGCAGAGCGACGCGACUGCAAGGACUUCAUCAGCAUCUUCGUGUGCAGCAACUGGCAGCUCCUCAGGCAUUUUGACACUGAAACACAGGAUCUGUUUGGGAUUGAGUGGGCUCCUAAUGGCUGUGUGCUGGCAGCGUGGGACUCGUGCCUGGAGUACAAGGUCCUGCUGUACUCCCUCGAUGGCAGACUGCUCUCCUCCUACCGCGCCUACGAGUGGCCUCUGGGCAUCAAGUCGGUUGCCUGGAGCCCCAGCAGCCAGUUCCUGGCAAUUGGCAGCUUUGAUGAGAAGGUGCGUAUCCUGAACCACGUGACGUGGAAGAAGAUCACAGAGUUUGAGCAUCCAGCAACCAUUGCCAGCAAAAAGACUAUUGUGUACAAAGAAGUGGAGAAAUCCCCAUCUGUUGAAACAGAGAGACUUUCUUUCCCUCCAACAAAAGCAUUGGCCAGUUCUCUCUUCAGUACACAGAGUAAAUAUGAGAUCUCCCAGGUGCCAGUUUCUUUACAGUAUAUCAAACCAGUUGCUGACAGGGCAAAUCCCAAAGUGGGAGUUGGGAUGUUGGCGUUCAGUGCAGAUAAUUGUUUCCUGGCAACCAAAAAUGACAGCAUUCCCAACGCUGUGUGGGUCUGGGACAUCCGGAGGCUGAAGCUGUUGGUGGUGCUGGAGCAGCUGUGCCCCAUCCAGGGUUUCCAGUGGGACCCUCGGCAGCCGCGCCUGGCGCUGUGCACGGGCACCAGCAGAGUGUUCCUGUGGUCCCCCGCCGGCUGCGUGGCCGUCCAGGUGCCCGGGGAAGGCGACUUCCAGAUCGUGUCUCUCUCCUGGCAUUCCAGUGGGGACUCCAUGGUGCUCCUGAGUAAGGACAACUGCUGUGUGUGUUACUUAGAGAGAGAAGAGGUAAAAUAAAAAAAUUAAAAUGCACUAAGAAUGCUCCCAAGUCUGAGGAAGGAGGAGGAGAAGGGUAAAAAUGUGUUGCCCAAUCUGAAGUGUUUGUAUUUAUAAAUUAUUUAUUUGAAGGAGCUCCAGGCUCAGUGUGUGAAGUAUUGUGAUUGCACUUGAGUGAUGUAGCAACUGAAAUGUAGGGAGUGAGUCUGGAUUGCAAGAAAAACCUGAAUAUUGAUGGAGUUGAACAUUUCUCUGUGUCAACUCUGAACCCUUAUUUUCCAGGACUGUAGCUCUGUGUGUAUAUAAUGUAUAGCUAUUAUUUAAAUUUUCUAAUUUCCAAUAAAUAUUUUGAUAGUUACAAACUAUAAACCUGCA